UGAAACUUCCCAUUCACUUGAAAUGACCUUAAAAUAUUAGGAAUUGCUACAACACUACUUUCAUUGUGAAAACGAUACUUUCAUUUCACUUUUUUAAGGAAAAGAGAAAUGGCAGAGUUUGAGGUUGGAGUCUGUAACAGUCCCACUCAACAUAAAAUCACUCAAAUAUCCCAUUCAAAUAAUCCAUAACACUACAAAUUAGCCUCAGUUUGCUGUGGGCUUCAGUUUGCCAGUUUUUAGUCAUAUAAAUACACACAGAACUCACAAACAAUUAAGAAAACAUCAUGACUGAAGAGUAUAGAGAAUAUACUCAGGAUACAGAAAACCAACUGUGUCACAAAGAAGAGGUGGUCAAAGCUGGAUCCAUUGUUAUUCCGGUUUUCGUUGUUGUUCUGGUUGUGUGUAGUUGCAUUGGUAACCUGCUGGUUCUGGUCAUCCUGGUGCUGUAUGAGAAGUUUAGAUUGCUGGUCAACAUCCUGAUCUUCAAUUUAGCCGUGUCAGAUCUGGUGUUCACUUUUGGACUUCCAUUUUGGGCUUCGUACUUCGUCUGGGGUUGGACAUUUGGAGAUGCUGGCUGCAAAGCUGUGAAGUUUCUGUUCUCUCUGGGUUUUUACAGCAGCGUGUUGUUCUUGACUCUAAUGACCGUUCAGCGUUACAUGGCAGUGGUUCAUUCGCUGUCCGACUGGGAGAGAUGCAGAGGGUUUUCAGUUGCUCCCUUUAUCAUAUGGAUGUUGAGUGGAACAGCUGCACUGUUAGUCUCCCUUCACAGCCAAGUCUUAGAAAAUGAAGAGAAUCUUUAUUGUGAAUUUAGCAGUUUCGAAGCAAAACAUGCCGAUGUUUAUUUUCAAAAUGUUUUCUUCUUGAUUGCAUUUUGCAUCAUGGGAUUUUGUCAUGUUAGAAUGUUCCAGACAAUCACACGAUCCCAAACAAAGGGGCGACACAAGACUAUCAAACUGAUAUUCUGCAUUGGGCUGGUAUUCUUCAUCGGUUGGGCUCCAUACAACAUAGUUAUGUUCUUGAGAAUUCUGCAGGAUUAUGAAUGGCCUUCAUUUCUAGACUGUAAUGUAUCCAAUAAUCUUGAUUAUGCAUUUUACUCUUGCAGGCUGUUGGCUUUUUCACAUUCCUGCUUUAACCCAGUGCUUUAUGCUCUAAUUGGAGAAAAAUUUCAGAAACAUUUACAAACAAUAUUGAAGAAAAUAUGUUCAAAAUAAAGCAAUUCUGACCUAUCCUGAGACAAACGACUCGUUGGUUUUGGUGUGUUUGUUAAAUGCAACAAAUCUCACAAUGCAUAUGAUAUAGACUACCACUCAAAAUGUUGUGGCAAAUUCUUUUUUUAUUAAUACUCGGCCCAGCAAAGAUGCAUUAAAUUGAUCAAGAGUAAAAGUAAAGAUAUUUACAAUCUUACGAAUGUUAAGAUUUCUAUUUGAAAUAAAUGCUGUUCAACAUUGAUAUCAGCAUACAUAUUAAUAUCAGCAUUAGAAUUAGAAUAAAAUAACACUGAAGACUGGAGU